UUCAUCUUCUUCCAAGAUUCUUCAACCACUCUCCCUUCUCUUUCAUGCAGAGUCCAAGCAAAUCAAGAACCACCCGAUUCACCACCUCCAGCGAGAUCACCCAUGGCGUCGGUCGUCAAGAAUCCGAUGUUCUCGGCUGCUUCUGCCGUGACGGCCCUCGCGUCCCUCUUCUCUCUCUUCGGGCUCUCCUCCACGGACUUGGCCCUCCCAACGACCUCCCCCUACGGCGGUGGCCGCUGGUCUCUCCUCCGCCCCAGCAUCGGCAUCUCGGCCAUGCACAUGCAGGUCCUCCGCGACGGCACGGUGGUCAUCUUCGACCGCACCGACUUCGGCCCUUCCAACCUGUCCCUCCCCCACGGCAGGUGCCGCCACGACCCGGCCGAUGUCGCCCUCAAGGUCGAUUGCACCGCGCACUCCCUCCUCUACAACGUGGAGUCCAACUCCGUCCGCCCGCUCAACGUCCAGACCGACACGUGGUGCUCCUCGGGCGCUGUUCGGCCCGACGGGACACUCAUGCAGACUGGCGGGUACAAUGAUGGCGAGCGGAAGGUGCGGACGUUCGCGCCGUGCCCCCGCCGGAGAGGCAAUUCCUGCGACUGGACGGAGCUCGAGGAAAACCUGGUCGAGAGAAGGUGGUACGCCUCGAACCACAUAUUGCCCGACGGGCGCGUGAUCAUCGUCGGAGGGCGGAACGUGUUCACGUACGAGUUCGUCCCCAAGACCUCCGCCAUGGAGAAGAGCUUCUACCUUAAGUUCUUGAAAGAGACGAGGGAUUUUAGAGAAGAGAACAAUCUGUACCCGUUCUUGCACUUGUUGCCCGACGGCAAUCUCUUCAUCUUCGCCAACAAACGGUCCAUCUUGCUCGAUUACAAGAAAAACUGGGUCAUCAAGGAGUACCGGGCCAUACCCGGAUUCGAUAAGAGGAAUUACCCGAGCACCGGGUCGUCAGUGCUGCUCCCGAUGCGGCUGGGAGGGGGGCCCGAGAUGCCAGCGGCGGAGGUGAUGAUUUGCGGUGGCUCGCCGCCGGGCGCAUUCACCAAGUCCGACAAGCGACGGGUGUUCGUGGAGGCCUCUCGGUCCUGCGGGAGGCUCCGGGUGUCCGACCCGGACCCGGAGUGGACAAUGGAGCAAAUGCCGAUGCCUCGUGUCAUGUCCGACAUGCUGCUCCUGCCGAACGGCCACGUGCUGAUGAUCAACGGAGCGACGAACGGGACAGCCGGGUGGGAGGACGGAAGGAACGCGGUGCACAACCCGAUCCUCUACCUGCCGGAUGUCCCCGGCCCUGCCCGGAGGUUCGAGGUCCUGACCCCGGCCCGGGUCCCCCGAAUGUACCACUCGGCAGCGGUCGUGGUGCCGGAUGGGAGGGUCCUAGUGGGCGGGAGCAACCCGCACAGCAAGUACAACUUCACGGCAUACCCGUACCCGACCGACCUCAGCCUGGAGGCCUUCUAUCCGCCGUACCUCAACCCGCAAUUCACCAUCUUGAGGCCGUCGAUACUGUCCCUCGAGGCCGUGGACCAGACGGUGUCGUACUCACAGCGCUUCUCCGUGAACUUCGUCGUGACCAUGUUCCGCCCGAGGCGCGGUCUCUCGGUCGCGCUCCUGGCCCCGCCCUUCACGACCCACUCGUUCGCAAUGAACCAAAGGCACCUGUGGCUGGGCGUGCUGAGCGUGGUCCGCUUGUCCAGCUUCGCCUACAGGAUCACAGUGGCCGCACCGCCGAGCGCCACGGUGGCACCGCCGGGGUACUACAUGCUGUUUGUCGUCCACGCGGAGGUUCCGAGCCGCGGCAUUUGGGUGAGGGUACGGUGAGGGGGUCCGGCAGACUCUAUAUAAUUAGCAAGUGCAAAGGAUAGCUAGGCAAUUCUUCUA